AUGGAUGGCGUACAGGGUCCGCCUCCCGAGGGCCCGAUUGCCUCGAUCGCAGAACCGGGCAUCAAGGCCGACGGUCAACUGCUGUUCGACUUGCGCCGCGAGGUCGCCAAUCUCUUGCAUCGCAACCAGACCAGCUUCCCCGGCGCGCAGCCCGUCAGCUUCGCGCGGAAACACGUCGAUGAGUUACGGAAUAGAGAGCUCCAGCCUCUGCACCCGUUUAUUCGGCGAAUGCCUUUGGCUACCGGAACCAUGAUAAACGGAGGCUGGGAGGAAUUGCGCGACAACAGCUACUAUGUUUGCGAAAAGUCAGACGGCAUCCGGUACCUGCUAUACCUCACGGAAGACGAGGGCCGGGAGAUCCACUACCUAAUCGACCGGAAAAACGACUACUGGUUCAUCAAGAACAGCAGCUUCCACUUCCCGCGCAAGGACGACCUGACCAAAUUCCACACGCGCACGCUCAUCGACGGCGAGCUGGUCAUGGACGACACGGGAAAGGGCACAAAGGAGCCGCGGUUCCUCGUCUUUGACUGCCUCGUGCUGGACGGACAGGACCUGAUGUCGCGGACGCUCGACAAGCGGCUCGCCUACUUCAACGAGAACAUUUACAAGCCCUACCGGGACUUGUUCAAGCAGUACCCGGAGGAGCGGGAUUUCCAGCCGUUCCUGGUGGAGAUGAAGGCCAUGCAGCUGAGCUACGGCAUCGAGAUGAUGUUUCGCGAGAUCCUGCCCAAGCUGAGGCACGGCAACGACGGGCUCAUCUUCACGUGCGUCAGCAGCGAGUACAAGCACGGCACCGACCCGCACAUCUUGAAGUGGAAGCCGCCGGAAGAGAACACGGUCGACUGCCGGCUGCGGAUGACGUUCCCCACGGUGCGGCCGGGGGAAGGGGACGAGGAGGCCGAGGGCCCCUUUGUGGACUACGAGGCCGUGCCGCGGGCGGAGCUGUGGAGCUUCAUGGGGGACGGGCGGUAUCAGUUCUUUGACGAGGUGCAUAUUACCGAGGAGGAGUGGGAGGUGUUGAAGGGACUCGGGGACCCGCUCAACGACCGCAUCGUGGAGUGUCACAAGGACGACCUGGGCCGGUGGCGGAUUAUCCGGUUUCGCGACGACAAGUCGGAGGCGAAUCACAUUUCUACCAUCAAGAGCGUCAUGGAGAGUAUCGAGGACCGGGUUACGGAGAAGGAUCUUGCGGAGGCGGCUAAGGGGAUCAAGGAUAAUUGGAAGACGCGGAAUGCCAAGCGAUCUACCAAGGUCUGGGUAAUUCCUCCUGGCUGGGUUGGUCUCACUACCACCAGAAAAUGUAGACAUGGAAAUGUCGCGGCAGGUGCUGACAUGCUCCCGUCGCCAUCCCCGACAAAGUGCCUAUCGAGAGAAGUCCGAAGCUACAACCUUGAAACCAUUAAUCUGGAGACAAGCUCCCCUCCUACCAUCGACCUCAGUUUUUGCUUCAAUCCUCAAUUUCCUUUUCUUCCUCUCUUCCAGAUUUCACCGCCGCCCACCAUGAUCCUGGGACCGGUAUCACUGCUCGACUGUCUGGUCUUUGUCAUCUUCCUGACGCCGCAGCUCCUCAUCAAUGUCGGUUUCUUCCCAACGGUAGUGGUCACUCUGAAGAUGCUGCCUUUUCUCGUGUUUCAACUGCCGACGUCCCUGUUCCACGAGCGAUAUCUACUCAGCCACGAUGAGCAGUCGCCUUUUGUGCAGCGCGCGAGUUUCUUCGAAGAUUUAGUCAUACGCUGCGUGCGUUACGCCUUUGCAAACUUGCCAACCAAUAUUGGACGUGUCUUCUUUUCAAAGUACAUAUCUCUGCCGUUUCUGCGGUUUCGAAUGCUGCGGCAUGGCUAUCUCAGGUCACCUGCGACCUGGAGUGAGCACAAGGAAAAGGGCCAACACGGCUUCGAAGGGGUUUGGAUCCAAAAGGAUGCGUCACAACCGCCCGACAUUGUGGUAUACUACGCCCACGGAGGCGGUUUUGCCAUGGGCUCCGCGUACUUUUACCUCGAGUUUCUUCUGUCGUGGCACUCGUUACUCGUCCAAGCCGGCUACCGGAACCCUGCCAUAUUCUCUCUAGAGUACACCCUCGUGCCCGAUAAAAUGUACCCAAGGCAAAUGUACGAGACUUUGAGGGGCUAUAAGCAUGUCCUGAAAAAAGUUGGAGACCCUCGGAAGGUGGUCGUUGCAGGAGACUCAGCGGGAGCAACCCUGAUAUUGACGCUGUUGCUGGAGCUGGGUCACAUGAACGAGGCCCGGGCAUUCAAGGAAAAGAGUGACGAUUCCACCGCAUCUGAAGGUCGAAGUCAGGAGCACUUGCGUCAAGCCUCAGAGUCCCCGCUUCCAGGGCUUUGCGUCUUGAUUUCGCCGUGGGCCAAGCUCAUCUCCAACAAGCAUGAAAAUACGGCCAGCGACUUUCUGGAUCGCGACACGCUAUGGAACUACGCGGUGCAGUAUGCUGGGGCAGCGCAUGUCUACGACAAGACCGCGUCGCCUGGGCAGUGCGCCGAUCCUCGGGUGUGGGCGGAAGCUAGUCCACUUUGUGGCUUCUUCAUCACGUACGGAUCAGAAGAGGUGUUCGCACCCGACAUCAAGGACCUGAUUAACGUCUUGGUCAAAAGUACCGAGGUCGACAGUCGUAGCGAGGAUGGCGGGAUACACGCCUGGCCCGUUGUUUCGUUAUUCCUGUCAAGCACCGAAGACAAGAGACUCAAGGGUCUGCGGACACUCACGUCAGCCAUCAGAAAACACAUCCAGUAG